CUAGCGAGACCAUCGACCUUCCGAGUUUGUCCAGAAUUGAAAGCCUGGACCUUGCAACGAGGAAACGAAUAUUCGCAGUCGCCAUGGUCGGAAACUCGCAGUGGCUGGGAACCACUCUUGGCGCGGCAGCGGUCGAAUACGAAUACAACCUUCUGCUGUUGAGAUCGUGGGCGAAACGUUCCCCUGAGCUGGAAAAAAUUCACGUGACGGUGCUGCUGCUAAGCAUCCUGAUGAUAGAGACCGAGUAUUGCAAGAAAACCCGAUUCUUUCCAUGGCCGCUCCACUUCCGCGAGGGCGAGGAACUCGCAUAUCCCGAGAGAGAAGCGCGGAUCCAUUACGAACACGUACAUCCCUUUGGGCAGCUGCAAUCCGUCACUGAUACAGCUUGUCAACUGAAUUUGGUACUCUACACACCCCACGGGGUCCGCGUGGAUUCCGUCCGGGAGUUUUAUUCAGAAGUCCACUUCUACAAUUUGCUCUGUGACUGGUACCCCAUGUCGGAAGCGCAGCGAGACGAACGGCUAACCGAGUUGUUCGACGACGACUGUCGCAAGAGGUUCUGUCUCAUGGUGGAUGCAUUAUACGGGGUCGAUGACGAGCCCGAGAGAGCGCCCCUGUAUCUAUCCCUAUCCUCGAAAGGUUUCUCGGAAGAGGAGAUUUUGGGGGGAGCCUUCCUAUACGCAGACAUAAUCAGAUAAGGAGAAGCGUCAACCGUCAACUUGU